AUGGAGACCGCUAAGAAAGUCUUGAACAUUGGCGGGGCCAGUGCCCCGCAAGGGCCAACUGAGACCCAGCUCCAGGAGCUGAAAGACAAAUACACUAAAGCCAAACAAGAACAAGUCUUCGCGUUCUACGAUACUCUCGCUGCCGCAGAGAAGGCUGCCCUCUACCAACAAUUGGCCUCGUUCGACCCAGAAUAUAUCAACCAGAUCACAGAUAAAGCCCUCAACCCCGCCCAGAGCCAAGAUGCAGACAAAGAAACAGGCGUCGAGCCACUCCCCGAGUCCGCCACGGCGAGUAUCCUCGAUUCGAACCCCCAAGACAUCGAGAAGUGGUAUCAACUGGGCUUGGAUUUGAUUGCAGAUAACAAAGUGGGCGUGGUGCUUAUGGCUGGAGGACAAGGGACUCGGCUGGGAAGCUCUGACCCCAAAGGCUGCUAUGACAUUGGCUUGCCUUCCAAAAAGCCCCUCUUCCAGAUCCAGGCGGAGAGAAUCCGAAAAUUGCAGCAAUUGGCGCGUAAGAAGGCCGGCCACGGAGCUGAUAAGAAGGUCGUGGUUCCCUGGUAUGUCAUGACCAGUGGCCCGACGAGGGGACCAACGGAGAAGUUCUUCCAGGAUAAUAAAUAUUUUGGGCUGGAGAAGGAGGAUGUGAAGAUCUUCGAACAAGGUGUCCUUCCUUGUAUUUCGAAUGAUGGCAAGAUUUUGUUAGAGAGCAAGGGAAAGGUGGCAGUUGCUCCGGAUGGGAAUGGAGGCAUCUACUCAGCUCUUCACGCACAUGUGCUGGAUGAUAUGAAGGAGCGUGGUAUUCAGCAUAUUCACGCAUACUGUGUGGAUAAUUGCCUUGUCAAAGUCGCAGACCCGACCUUCAUCGGUUUUGGGGCUUCGAAGGAUGUCGAUAUCGCAACGAAGGUCGUUCGCAAACGGAGUGCUACUGAGCCUGUUGGUCUCAUUUUGCUCAAGAAUGGGAAACCCGAUGUUGUGGAAUACUCCGAGAUUGACGAAAAGACCGCAAACGCCACAGACCCAAAGCAACCAAAUGUACUGAAGUUCCGGGCGGCGAAUAUUGUCAACCAUUACUACUCCCGCAGAUUCCUGGAAACCAUCCCUCAAUGGGCGAAUACUUUGCCUCACCACGUGGCGCGCAAGAAGAUCCCAUAUGUGGACCUAGAGACGGGAAAUACCAUCAAGCCUGAGAAGUCCAAUGGCAUCAAGCUCGAACAGUUUGUGUUCGAUGUUUUCUGCAUGUUGGAACUCGAGAAGUUCGGCUGCCUGGAAGUCAAGCGUGAAGACGAAUUCUCGCCAUUGAAGAACGGGAUGCCCACGGAUCCGAAUGUUAAGGGCGAGGAUAAUCCGGAAACGAGCAGGAGAGAUAUUAUGGAUCAGGGGGCCCGCUGGGUGCAAGCCGCUGGUGCCACCGUCGUUAGUGCCGGCAAAGGCGAAGGCGUUGAGGUCUCCCCGUUGUAUAGCUACGGAGGAGAAGGACUCGAGGAACUGAAAGGAACGACUAUCACAGCGCCUGCGUUGCUGGAACAGAAACAGUAA